AUGUCUAACCAGAGAUUCGAGACGCUCCAGCUCCAUGCGGGGCAAGAGCCCGACCCGGCCACCAACUCCCGGGCUGUCCCUAUCUACGCCACCACUAGCUACGUCUUCAAUGACUCGGCCCAUGGUGCCCGCCUCUUCGGGCUCAAGGAGUUCGGCAACAUCUACUCCCGGAUCAUGAACCCGACGGUCGAUGUCUUUGAAAAGAGGAUUGCUGCUCUCGAGGGUGGUGUCGCUGCGGUGGCUGCCUCCUCCGGCCAGGCCGCGCAGUUCAUGGCGAUUGCAGCGCUUGCCCACAGCGGUGACAACAUUGUCUCGACAUCCAACCUCUAUGGCGGCACGUACAACCAGUUCAAGGUGCUCUUCUCGCGCUUUGGCAUCACGACCAAGUUCGUCAACGGUGACAGCCCCGAAGACAUUGCGGCCGCCAUCGACGACAAGACCAAGGCUGUCUACAUCGAGAGCAUCGGUAACCCGCGCUACAACGUGCCCGAGUUCGAGGCCAUCGCCAAGGUCGCCCACGACGCCGGCGUCCCGGUUGUGGUUGACAACACCUUCGGUGCCGGUGGCUACUUUGUGCGCCCGAUCGACCACGGUGCCGACAUUGUGGUGCACUCCGCGACCAAGUGGAUUGGCGGGCAUGGUACAACCGUCGCGGGUGUUGUGAUUGACAGCGGCAAGUUCGACUGGGGCAAGAACGCCAAGCGGUUCCCCCAGAUGGUCGAGCCGUCGGAGGGUUACCACGGGCUCAAGUUCUGGGAGACCUUUGGUGCCAUCACCUUCGCCAUCCGCGUGCGCGUCGAGAUCCUGCGCGACCUGGGGCCCUGCCUCAACCCCUUCGGCGCCCAGCAGCUGCUGAUCGGCCUCGAGACGCUGUCGCUGCGCGCCGAGCGGCACGCCCAGAACGCGCUGGCUCUGGCGCGCUACCUCGAGAAGAGCGAGUACGUCUCGUGGGUGUCGUACCCCGGCCUCGAGAGCCACCAAUCGCACGAGACGGCCAAGAAGUACCUCAAGCGCGGCUUCGGCGGCGUGCUGAGCUUCGGUGUCAAGGGCGGCGGCGCGGCCGGCAGCCAGAUUGUCGACGGCUUCAAGCUGGUCUCGAAUCUGGCCAACGUCGGCGACUCCAAGACGCUGGCGAUCCACCCGUGGACCACCACCCACGAGCAGCUUAGCGACGAGGAGAAGGUCAGCUCGGGUGUGACUGAGGACCUCAUCCGUAUCUCGGUCGGCACGGAGCACAUCGACGACAUCAUUGCCGACUUUGACCAGGCGUUCAAGGCGGCUGCGGCCGUGACAACAAAGGAUGGCGACAAGCCGCUAGCCGAGAGGAAAGCCGAGGAGGCACCGGUUGUUGUUUAA